ACCAAACCCCGCCCAACUCGACCCAACGAUAUAUAACACGAGCUCUUCUCUUCUUCUCCAUUGUAGCUCUUUGGUUCCCGCUCCGGUUCGCAGUUCACUGCUCCUUAUCAGGGUUUAGGGUUUUAUCCUCGUCCUUCUCGCCGAACCCCCAAUGGCCUCCAAGAAGCGAGCGCCAAAACCUAAUACCAAGAAGAAGAAGGCAAAGCCGCCGCCACCUUCGCCGGAGGAGGAGAUGAGAGAUCUUGAGGAUACUGAUCCCGAGCCCGAAGAAGACCAAGAAGGAGGAGGAGGAGGCCGCGCCGAAUCGUCGGGCGACGAAGAGGAGCAGUCCCAAUCAGAUGUCUCCUCCGACGAGGAACCCUUCACCGACGAUUUCCUCGGCGGCAGCGGCGAUGAGGAAGGGGUGGAGUCGGGUUCGGAAUCGGACGAGUCCGAUUUGGAGGUGAAGUCGCGGGCGAUCGACAAGGCGAGGGCAAAAGCGGAGGAAGAGGCGGAGGAGGAGCUGAAGCUCAAUAUAAAGGAGGAAUCUGAUGAGUUCAGAUUGCCCACCAAAGAGGAGCUCGAAGAAGAAGCGCUUUUACCACCAAACCUUCCAAACAUUCAACGGAGGAUUAAAGAGAUCGUUCGCGUGCUAUCAAAUUUUAGCGCUCUGAGGCAAGAAGGUGUGUCACGGAAGGAUUAUAUCAAUCAGCUUAAGGCAGACUUAAUGGCCUACUAUGGAUACAAUGAGUUUCUAAUCGAGGCAUUUAUUGAGAUGUUCCCGGUUGUCGAACUCGUUGAGUUAUUGGAGGCUUUCGAAAAGAAACCCCCCGAAACCUUGCGUACUAAUACUUUGAAGACUAGGCGACGCGAUCUUGCAGGUGUUUUGCUAAAUAGAGGGGUGAACCUAGACCAAAUAGGGAAAUGGUCAAAGGUGGGGUUGGUCGUAUAUGACUCGCAAGUCCCUGUUGGUGCAACUCCUGAAUAUAUGGCUGGGCACUACAUUAAACAAGGUGCAAGUUCCUUUUUACCUGUUAUGGCUCUAGCUCCUCAGGAAAAAGAGCGGAUUGUCGAUAUGGCUGCUGCUCCAGGUGGCAAGACGACGUAUAUUGGAGCUCUUAUGAAGAACACUGGAGUAAUUUAUGCGAACGAGUUCAAUGAGAAAAGACUGCAUGGAUUGUUGGGCAACAUACAUAGGAUGGGUGUCACAAAUACCAUAGUGUGCAACUACGAUGGUAGGGAGCUACCCAAGGUUCUUGGAUUGAAUUCUGUUGACAGAGUAUUGUUGGACGCGCCCUGCACUGGGACAGGGACAAUUUGGAAAGACGAACAGGUUAAAAUGUCGAAGACCAUUGAAGAUGUUCGGAAUUGUGCUUUCCUGCAGAAGCAACUGAUCUUGGCAGCAAUUGAUUUGGUUGAUGCUAAUUCGAAAACUGGAGGUUAUAUUGUUUACUCAACUUGUUCCAUGAUGAUUCCGGAGAAUGAGGCAGUUAUAGAUUAUGCGCUGAAAAAGAGAGAUGUAAAGCUUGUGCCUUGUGGAUUGGACUUCGGCCGCCCGGGAUUCAUACGCUAUAGAGAACAUCGGUUUCAUCCCUCUUUAGAGAAAACAAGGAGGUUUUAUCCCCAUGUUAAUAACAUGGAGGGAUUUUUUGUGGCGAAGUUGAAGAAGAUGAGUAAUACCAAACCAGCGGCCUCAGAACCUUCUAAAACAUCAGAGGAAGCAGAAGAGGCAGUUGUUACCGACGGCCUUAAGGACGAUAAGAAGGACAUCCCAAAUGGAGAGCUCGAGCAGCCCAAAAACCCUAAAAAGGGCAGUUCUGAGCGACCCAAGAACCCUAAAAAGGGUCUUGUGAAGAAGAAAGCGAAAGCUUCUAAAAGCGGCACCCCGUCGGAUACCAAGCAGCCACCUUCAUCAAGUAAGAAGGCAAUGAAGAAACGAAAAUCUCCAUCGAAGGGGAAAAUAGGAGGACCGAGAGAGGAUAAGAAGAGGAAAGCCUUGAAGAAGAGAAAGGUACAGAGUGGUACUGAUUAAUACAAUAUAAUUAUUAUGCAAGAUACGGCUUGACGGGGUAAAACAUAACUACUGGGGUCGGGGCAGUUGUAUACUAUAUCAACUGGAUUAAGUACCAGGAAGUAUAAACCCAGGACGAGGAGGAAAAGCAAUUUUGUUGCCUAUAGGGUUAGUGUAUCUUACACUCAUAAUUUGGUUGGUUGAUUUAUUUUGAGGCUGAGAAGAGAAUUUUCAAGGAGCUCUGAAUCUCAUACUUUAUGGUUUGUUGGAAGUUCAAGCUUAAGACAAAUUGUUUAUCUGUUGUAGUUUGGUAACGCAACUGUAUGGCGAAUUUAAGUAGUCUGAAAAUUAAUGUUAUUAUUAUUAUGGAUAAUCUUA